AUGAAAGCAGACUCACUUUCUCCACUCUUCAUCUUAUUGUUUUCACUUGUGUUUCCAGUAAACUUGUUACCCGAAAAUGAAUUAUACAAUAACAAAGGGAAAGAAAGUAAAGAAACUUUACAUUUUUUACAAGGCAUGGACACAAAAAUAAAGAAUUUAACUAAAGUUUUAGUGAAGAAUACUUUGCCUUACAUGAUGAAGAUAUCCGAAGAAGUGAAGAUAUCGUCUUCUUGUAUGAGGAAUUUAAUGCAAUUCGCACAAGAUUUCACGAAAUUGAAAGACUGGACCUUCAGAUUGUUGGAUUCCAUCGCUAAACUCCUUUCGGGAUUUUUAAGAGGAACUCUAUGGAUGCAGGAAGAUUACGAUCAAUGUCUCAAUAUUGAGAGUUCUGGAAAUAAAAUAAUUAGAGGAAAAUUUUGCUCAGUUCUUUUAAAAUUACCUAAGUUACGAGAAAAUACAGUAAAAGAUAUUUCAUCAUCUGAGAUUACAAUCGUACAAUUAUUGAAAAAUAUCAUCACACCAAUUACUAUAGCUCAAGGACUUAGCAAAGUGGAAGAAUUGCGUAUUGAUGUUUGUAUUCCGGAUGAUUGUAACGUAAACGACUUGGAAAAUGUUGGAAAUUGGAGAAAAAUUGUAGACGGUAUCACUUCAAUUUCGGCAUUAACUACUGUACAGAAAGUAUUUUCCAGCAAUAUUUUGGAAAAGACAAGAGCCUUAAGUGGGAUUAAAUUUUUAACAAUUACAAGUAUAAUAUAUGGGCACGUGUUUACCUGCUUUAACGCAAUGCCUACUAUUUCGGAAAAAUAUUUAAAUUUCCUAGACAUGAUGAAUAACAUAACAGUAGAAUUUGCCGGAAAUUCAUUUAUAUCAAUAGAAACUUUUUUCUUCAUUAGAUUAACUUUACCAGUUCUUUGUAUUUUGGCUACGAUAAUUAUUUUACCAAUUUUGGGUGAUGGACCACAUUGGAAAAGCGUUAAACGUGAAGUAGAAUUUGUCGAACAAAAUUGGUGGAAAAUAGCAAUUCACAUUCAGACUUACACAGAUUAUCCACUUAAUUUUACUCAUUAUUUAUGGUUUAUGAGUAACUUGAUGCAACUGACAAUUCUUACAGUGCCAUUGCUGUUCGUAUGUGACAGGUAA